CCACCAUGUCUUCAUUCUUCUCCUUUUCCUCUUUGCGCGGCUGAAACUGCAAUCUUUCCUAGUAUGACUUGCCAUACUUCUCACGCUUCUGAUGAGUACUCAGUCUCUUGAAGGAGACUUCGCUACUAGGAGUAAGCGCGAGACGUAGGUAGAGAUGCUGCUCUACUUAGUUGCUCGCCGUCAUGAACUCCGAUGACCCGAGGAUUCAGCCCUUGCCACCGGCUGUAGUGGCAAAAAUCAAAUCCUCGACAACGAUUACAAGUCUCAAAGGAGUAAUUAUCGACUUGGUUAAAAAUGCCUUGGAUGCAAAUGCUCAAACAGUAUAUAUCACAGUCGAUUUCCCACGCGGAGGCUGCAUUGUGGAGGACGAUGGAGAUGGCAUCCCACCCUUUGAAUUUGAUUCCAAUGGCGGGCUAGGCAAAGCGCACCACACCUCUCGGCUUUGUCCAGCACGAUAUAUGUACGGUCAUAGAGGCUCAUUUUUAUCCUCACUAUCGGCUUUGUCAAUACUGACCAUCACAUCCCGCCAUCUUGGGCACGAUACCACAAAUACUCUUGUAUUCCACCAUGCUACCCCAAUUCUUCGGCUGACUCCAGCCCCGAGCUAUCACGAACUGAGAUUCGGCAGUCAUGGGACCAGUAUUACUGUGAAUGACUUGUUUGGCAACCUGCCCGUACGAGUAAAGAGCCGUGCAUUGGCUCUCCAGAAGCCUGAAGAGAUAGAACGCCAAUGGGAUGACCUAAGGCAGCUGCUUGUAGCGCUAAUGUUGGCAAACAAUCAACUAGCCAAACUUGUGGUCAUGGACGCUAGUAGAGAAAAGAAGCUCUCUUUAUGUCACAGGGCUAAGUGCCACGAGACAGAAUCAAUGCUGGAACUCCAGCGCAUCAACUCCAUCCUUUAUCAGGCGUGUCUGGUGGGAAAUCGAAAUCAUGAGCACUGGGAUCUGGUGUCAGCGAGUGUUCCUGGGUUUCAAAUCCAGGCUGCGAUAUCACCCAUGCCCAGCCCCACGAAGAAAGUCCAGUUCGUUUCUCUGGGUCCAGAACCCAUGCUACCACAAAGUAAUGCCAACAUUGUUUACACCGAGGUCAAUCGUAUAUUUGCUUUGUCCGACUUCGAGACUGCUAGAGGCUCACCCUCUUCAGCAGCGAAAGUUGAGAUAGCCCCAAGUGGUGAUGAGAGAAUUGCGAACUCGAGUUCAAAGGAGUCCACCAAAUUCCCCAUGUUCUACAUACGGAUCAUUGGCCAAGACUGUACCUGUUUUGCCAGUGAUAUCCAAUGCGCACGCGAGUCAAUCUUACCGAUCCAGCGGAUCUUGGAUGUCCUCGAAGCUAUGCUGAGUGAAUUUCUCCGCCAACGGGGUCUACGGCCGCGUGCCGCAAGAAAGAGGAGGCACACUUUGCCGAAGGAGUGCUUAUGGCCUUGGGAUCAUCAAGCUGGCCAGUCAUCUUCAACCUGUAGCACCGAAAAGAUUUUAUACCCUCUUGUAAAAGUGCCUGAUGUUCGACGAACGCCAACCAUCAGUCAUCAUUUCGCAAACUGGACCAGAAUCAAGAGUGCCAGUACCAUAUCGCAGGAUCUGAAUGCAACUAGGCGAGUUCCUAAGCUCAGCGCCGCUCUUUAUAGCAAUCCUCUGCAGCGGCCCGAACUGUCAUUCAAGACAGGUCCCGGAGACGCAAUCGUUGCACAACAUUCUGUGAAACGAACCCACCUUGAGGCUUUCCAUGAGCACGACUCAAACAACGGACAUUCUGGUCAUCUUACCGUUCGGACUGACCCUUGUACGGGUCGAAGCCACAUGAUUAACUGCCGCACCGGCCAAUCUACUGAGACCGAGUCUUCUUCAUACCCAUUCUCAAGGCCGCGGUCUACUGGAUCAUUGGUGGGAAUGCGGAAACUGGAAGACGAGAAUCGGCCAAGUUCAGCUGUCCCACAACGCCCGCGAAACGCCUGGGUCGACAAUCUUUUGGACGUUUGGGAAAAUCCGAUUUUUGGCCGGCCCGAAACGCUUAUCCACAUUCUCGACCUUGAGACAAGUCAUCGGACUUCCACUCUCAAUAGCACUUUUUAUCUGAACACCUUUGGAGUAUCGAAGUACCGUGGUAAACUUCGGAAGGACGAUCUAAAUAGGUCCCAUAUCAUCGCCCAGGUAGACAGGAAGUUCAUCCUCGCCGCAAUCGGACCCUCCGCAUCUAAGCCCAACACGACCCUGGUUCUAAUUGACCAGCAUGCUGCUGAUGAACGCUGUCGCGUAGAGGCUCUUUUAGCAUCCUUUUUCUCCACCGUGUCGACCGACAUCACAGCAUCUGUUCGACUCGGAGAUCCGAUCGUGUUCGAGAUUCCCGCAACAGAGGUGUCUCUAUUUCAUCGAUACGAAAAAUUUUACAGUGGCUGGGGAGUUCACUACUCGAUUAAACAAGGGCCCAGAGAUGCUCGCGCCUUGUUCAUUGCGCACGCACUUCCCGUCCUCAUUGCGGAGAGGUGUCGCACGGAACCGGAGUUAGUCUCACAACUGAUUCGCGAAGACAUUUGCCGACGGGAGGAAAGUCGAGGUUGGGGUGUCCCCAGAAGCGCGGUGAGUCUGAGGGAAUCCUGUCCCGACAGUCGACCGGGGAUUAGCCAUGAUGCUAUCACCAGCUGCGGUAAUAGCGUUGCUAGGAGGAACAGUUGGCUCGGCCGUCUGAACAACUGUCCUCAGGGGAUUAUCGAAUUGCUUAACUCGCGCGCUUGUCGCACGGCGAUCAUGUUCAAUGAUGUUCUGGAGGUGAAGGAGUGCCAAAGCCUGGUGCGUCGACUACUAGACUGUAAUUUUCCGUUUCUGUGUGCGCAUGGAAGACCGUCCAUGAUACCCAUAUUAGAUAUUAAUACCCCCCCCUCAUACCACCUGGGCUUGGGUCUGGAUGACGGUCAAACGGACGAGUAUACUUAUGAUGAGCGGUGUAAUGGUGGGUUUGUCGAUGCUUAUAAACGGUGGCAAGGCGAUGUAUAAAUAAUAAUGCAUCCUUUCUUGGAAGUG